AUGGAUCAGAAUUCAGAUAAUUUGAAAAAACGGACGAGCAUGACCAAGGAGAAUCUCAUCAACUUGUGCAAGAAGAAUAAACUCUAUCUAACGCCUUAUUUGAAUGAUGUACUCUACUUACAUUAUCAAGGCUACCAAAAGAUCGAGAAUUUGGACGAGUUUACGGGAUUGAAAUGUUUAUGGCUGGAGUGUAAUGCAUUAUCGGAGAUAUCUGGACUCGAACAUCAGAAGGAAUUGCGUUGUUUGUAUUUGCACAAUAAUUUUAUUCGGAAAAUCGAAAACCUCCAGCACUGUGCCCAGUUAGAUACGUUGAAUUUAUCGCACAAUCAUGUUAGGUCAAUCGAAAACUGUAAUUCAAUGAUUCUACCACAGUUGAAUACUUUGAGCUUAUCACACAACGCGUUGAGUUCUAUUGAGGGUUUGGAAGAGUUGGUCGAGUGCAAAUCACUAUCAGUUUUGGAUAUAUCGCACAAUCGCAUCGAAGAUGUGCUAAUCGUUAAAAUCCUAUCGCAAAUGCCUGAACUCAGAGUAUUAACACUGACCGGAAAUCCAGUCAUUAAUGAAAUUCCAUCGUAUCGAAAAACAAUGACCGUUGAAUGUAAAAAUUUGACAUAUUUGGAUAGUCGUCCGAUUUUCGAUAAAGAUCGUGCUUGUGCUGAGGCAUGGAAACGAGGUGGAUAUGAAGAAGAGAAACGAGAAAAAUCGAAAUGGGAUGCCGCACAGCAGAAAAAAAUCAUGGACAGUGUACGAGCUACGUUGCGGCUUCGACAAAAACUCCAAGAGAAGAAUUCAAAUUCACCGACUUCAACCGGUGAUAAUGAGCAAAUCGCUGUCUCAAACCCACAACCGAAUAUUGAAGAGUUGAUCGAAAGUGUGGAAAAAUCGAUUGAACUCUAUUCAUCCGAUGUAACGCCGAAAUUUGAGAACUUUGAAUCUAUUCCGGACUCAAUACCAAUAGACACAAAUGCCACAGCCACUCACGCAACAGUCAAUAGUACAAACAUUGAAAUUCUAAGCGAUACGCACAAAAAUGAGAUUAAUUCAGUACAUGACUAUGAAAAUUCGAAUACAAACAGGAUUUCAACGGAUUGUUCAGAGUCACUGAUUGAACCAUCAGUUCCGGACUUAUCUCUUGAACCAAAAAUUACUUCUCGCAUUGAAAUUUCCGAUGUGGAAUCAAUGAACAUGCUAAACAUUUGCAUGAAUUCUCGCAAUAAACUGAGUCCAAAUGGCCAAUCCCCCACAUUGAUUGGCAAAUCCAAACCGAUAAUUGAGGUAUUAUCAGAUUCUGAUUCCAUUGAGCCGCCGGUUGAAGAGUCAACCAAACUGUCCGUCAACGUCCCAAGCUCGGAAAAAAAUUUGCAAAUUGAAGAGGUGAACAUAUCAAACGAAUUUAGCACGGAUAAUGCAUCAAAAUCUGCUGACGGAGAUCCAGAUGUGGAACAAAAAACCAUCACAACAGACAAUUCAUGUCAUAUCGAUGAGCAAUUGAACACAGAUGACCCAAAUAACACCAUUAUUGAAGUGAAUAAAACGACAAAAUCAUCGGCUAUAACAUUUUUUUGCGAAAAUUUAGACGAUCUCAAAGGAAUGGAUAGCGAUUCGAAUCAAAGUGGAGAGGAAAUUUAG